GUGAUCCGUCCGCCAUUUUGUCAGCCAUUUCCUUCACUGGUCCGCUGCAGAUCAGCACUUACAGAAAGAGCAAAACCCCUCCUGCACAGGCCGCUGUUCGGGACUGAAUGAGAGACUAGCGCUCCAGCGGGCCGGUCAGUACUCACACAAAGCCCGUGUUUGCGGUUCGGUCCGGUAGGACGGGAGGGAAAUCAUCAUGGCUCUGAAAAUCGUGAAGGGAAGCAUCGAUCGGAUGUUCGAUAAAAACCUGCAGGAUUUAGUACGUGGCAUUAGGAACCAUAAGGAAGAUGAGGCCAAAUACAUUUCGACAUGCAUCGAUGAGAUCAAGCAAGAACUCAAACAGGACAACAUCGCUGUUAAAGCCAACGCAGUCUGCAAGCUCACCUACUUGCAGAUGCUCGGCUAUGACGUCAGUUGGGCUGCGUUCAACAUCGUGGAGGUGAUGAGCUCCUCCAAAUUCACAUAUAAGCGAAUCGGCUACCUUGCAGCAUCACAAUGCUUUCAUGAGGGCACUGAUGUCAUCAUGCUGACGACCAAUCAGAUCCGCAAGGAUCUGAGUAGUCCUAAUCAGUAUGACACCGGCGUGGCUCUGACUGGCCUUUCCUGCUUCGUGACCCCUGACCUUGCUCGUGAUCUGGCCAAUGACAUCAUGACUUUGAUGUCCCACACUAAGCCGUACAUUCGCAAGAAGGCGGUGCUGAUCAUGUACAAAGUGUUCCUGAAAUACCCCGAAUCCCUUCGUCCCGCCUUCCCACGCCUCAAAGAGAAGCUGGAGGACCCAGAUCCCGGUGUCCAGUCAGCAGCUGUGAACGUCAUUUGUGAACUAGCCAGAAGAAACCCCAAGAACUAUCUUUCCCUGGCACCCCUGUUUUUCAAACUCAUGACCUCCUCUACCAACAACUGGGUGCUCAUUAAGAUCAUCAAGCUGUUUGGCGCUCUCACUCCGUUGGAGCCUCGUUUGGGGAAGAAGCUGAUUGAGCCCCUGACAAACCUCAUCCACAGUACCUCGGCCAUGUCGCUUCUCUAUGAGUGUGUCAACACGGUCAUAGCAGUGUUGAUCUCGCUGUCGUCUGGGAUGCCCAAUCACAGUGCUAGCAUACAGCUCUGUGUGCAGAAACUGCGAAUCCUGAUCGAAGACUCGGACCAGAACUUGAAGUACUUGGGUCUUCUGGCCAUGUCCAAGAUUCUGAAGACGCACCCCAAGUCCGUGCAGUCGCACAAGGACCUGAUCCUGCAGUGUUUGGACGACAAAGACGAGUCCAUCCGACUGAGAGCUCUGGAUCUGCUCUACGGCAUGGUCUCAAAGAAGAACCUGAUGGAGAUCGUGAAGAAGCUCAUGCUGCAUGUGGACAAAGCUGAAGGCACCACUUACCGAGACGAGCUGCUCACCAAGAUCAUCGACAUCUGCAGCCAGAGCAACUACCAGUAUAUCACCAACUUUGAGUGGUACAUCAGCAUCCUGGUCGAACUGACUCGCCUAGAGGGCACAAGGCACGGCCACCUAAUCGCCUCUCAGAUGCUGGACGUCGCCAUCCGCGUCAAAGCCAUCCGAGGUUUCGCCGUGGCUCAGAUGGCCACUCUCUUGGACAACGCACAUCUGCUGACCGGCAACACGCAGCGCAAUGGGAUCUGCGAGGUUCUCUAUGCGGCCGCGUGGAUCUGCGGAGAGUUCUCCGAGCAUCUGGAAGACCCCAUGCAAACACUGGAGGCCAUGCUGAGGCCCAAAGUGGCCACCCUGCCCGGUCACAUCCAGGCAGUGUACGUACAAAACGCCGCCAAGCUGUUUGCGACCGUGCUGCGGAAGCACGAAGGGGACACUGACAGCCAGGCCGCGCAGGAGACCAGCCAGCUGCUUAUAGAUAGACUGCCGCUCUUCGUCCAGAGUGCCAACCUGGAAGUGCAGGAGAGGGCAUCCUGCAUCCUCCAGCUGGUGAAGUACAUCCAGAAGCUGCAGCAGAAGAACGUGGAGGUGGCAGAGGAAGUGACGGCUCUCUUCGCCGGAGAGCUCAAUCCCGUGGCUCCCAAGGCCCAAAAGAAAGUGCCUAUACCAGAUGGUCUGGAUUUGGACGCCUGGAUCAAUGAGCCUCCGUCAGAGAGCGAGUCUGAAGACGAGAAGCCCAAAGCGGUGUUUGCUAAAGAGGAACCCAAGCAUUCCAGAUCAAGACACCCUGAGGUGGAUGAGAAAGAGCUGGCCAGGAGGAGGGAAGCCAGGAAGCAGGAACAGGCCAACAACCCGUUCUACAUCAAGGCCUCACCAUCAUCUCAGAAGGUGUACGACGCUCCAGGUGUAGAACACAUUCCGGUGGUGCAGAUCGACCUUAGUGUGCCUCUCAAAGUCCCAGGGAUGCCCAUGUCUGACCAAUACCUGAAGCUGGAGGAGGAGCGCCGGCAGAAGGAGAAGGCGGAGAGGAAGAAGAAGGAGAAGAAGAAAAAGCGAGAGAAGCGAGGAAAAGACAGAAAGGCGGAUUCAGGCCCCGAGAGCGAGGAGGACAUAACACCCGCUCACCAGGUGGACAUAGUCACAGAGGAAAUGCCAGAGAAUGCCUUACCAAGUGACGAUGACGAUAAGGAUCCCAAUGACCCUCAUAAAGCUCUGGACAUAGAUCUGGACAAUCUGCUCUCUGGUUCUAGUGCAAGGCCGCUUGCAGACAGCGAGAAGCUUCCUGUGAGGACCCACCGUCCAGAGGUGCUGAAGAGCCCCGCCGAGGACCGAGACAACGAGAGCGUCCCGCAAGAGACCAAGAAGAAGAGCGGUAAGGAGAAGAAAGAGAAGAAGAAAGACAAGGAGAAGGACAGGAAGAGGAGCAAAGAGGACAAGAAGAAAAAGAAGAAACACAAAGAAGUGGAGGAGGAGCUUCCGGAGUCCCAGCCAGAAGAGGCCGUCCAAUCAGAGGAGACCAAAGAGGCGGCAGCCCCGCCCACAUCCACAUCUGCUGAGGCCUCCGAUCUGGAUUUCUGGCUCUCUAGCGCUCCUGUUCCCCCCGCCGCCCAGGAGGUGACGGCGCCCUCGUCUGCUGCCGCUGUGGACACGAGCUCUGCGGCCGCCCCAGAAUCUGAGCCCGAUGAACCUAAAGAUGCAGAGCCAGAGGACACGAAAUCCUCCAAACACAAGAAGAAGAAGCAGAAGAAAGAAAAGGAGGAGAAGGAGAAGAAAAAGAAGAAGCGACACCACCAUCAUCACCAUCACAGUGACGCCGGCGGGGAGGAUUCGGUGCAGAACGGCACCGUGGAGGACGAGGAGCCGCUGCCACCCAUGUCCAACUACUCGCUGCUGGCCGAGAACUCCUACAUCAAGAUGAUGAAAGAAGAUGCUGAUCAGGUGUACGACAUCCAGGGCAACCAUCAGGAUGAGAGCAAAGUCGUGGUGUCUGUCAUCUUCGAGAACAAGAGCGACAGCUUCCUGAAGUCGAUGGAGUUCAAUGUGCUGGAUUCCCUCAACUCCAAACUGCAGAGGCCGGAGGGAGCCGGACCUCACGACGGCCUCACCGUCCCCUUCCAACUGCCACCGGGGGUUUCGAACGAGGCCCGCUUCGUGUUCUCAGUGCAGAGUAUCGUCAUGCCUCAGAAACUAAAGGGAACCCUCACCUUUAUAGUUAAGUCGGACGAAUCCUCCACUCAUGAGAAACUGGACUUCAAACUGCACUUUACAUGCACGUCAUACCUGAUCACCACUCCCUGCUACAGUGACGCAUACGCUAAGCUGCUGGAGUCGGGCGACCUGAAGGGCAGCUCUCUACGGCUAGAGGGGAUCAACAUGCCCUUCCACCACCUGCUGGCCAGGAUCUGCUUCCACCAUCACUUCUCCGUUGUGGAGAGGAUCGACUCCUGCGCCUCCAUGUACAGCAGGUCGAUCCAGGGUCACCACGUCUGUUUGCUGGUCAAAACCUCCGAUCAGACGGUCUCCAUCGACGCCAAGUGCGACGAGCCAUCGCUGCUGGGGAAUGUGCUGGAUGAGAUUAAGCAGACCUUCUCGAAAUGCUGAUUGUGUCUGAGACCCCUAACCUUCGCUGCCCUGAAACCCCCUGAACCCCCAUCCCAGUACAGCAGCCCGUCCGGCUGAACCACACGCUCAGAAUCAUAUAUCACACUCUGAGACUCGUGUCCCUCCUCUUCCUUUGUAUUUAUUGGAUCAGUCAUUCUGCUGUUCUUCUUUUAACACCACAAAUUUCAAGCCCGUCUCUUGCCUUUGUUUCCCCUCCUCGACCUCUGACGUGCAUCUUGUUUCUUCAUCCUCUUCCUCAGCUUCUUCGUCUCUUUGACGGUCUUUCCAUUGUCUUAACGGUCCAUGACUUUCAUCUUGAGAACUGGAUUUUUUCGUUGUCGAUGCUUGAGUUGUGUGUUUUUUUUUGUUUUUUUUUUUUUAAUGUUUUGCGUUGUGUUGUUUGUUUGCAUUUUUUUUUUCUGUCCUGAACUCCAUCAGCGCCUUUCUCUGCAUUAAACAUCAGCGAGUCUGUUCCUUACCAGUUUCGUCACGUAUGUGUGUUGCUCUUUUCAAAGGCUAGCCCUCGACAGGACAUCUUCCCACAUCGCAUUCUCAAACUCUAACUGCCUCUGAGCACUAAUUUCACUCACAAGUGCAGUUGCACACAUAUAGGACAUACAGGUACACAGGGUUGCAUUCUAGACCACAUUUAUAUUUGCAAUCACAUGUGACAUUAGUGAUAUCAUGAGGUGGCCCUUUUAUUUGUGUUCUUAUGUUGGGAGAUAAUACUACAGUUGCAUACAAUAAACAACUAAACUGCACACUAACAAACCUCACUCAGGAUAAUGACGGUUAGUAAAAGUGGCAAAAUGAACCCAACCGGAUUAUUUCGCAUCUCACAAAUUCUAUAUAGUUAUUCUUGUACUUUGAUGUUCCAGUUAAUGGAUGCUAGGGUUGCAAAGAGGUGGAAAAUUGCUGGUAAAUUACCUCAAAUUUUAGAGAUGUUGGAAUUAUUCCAGAAUUUUAACACAUAUUUUGGAGAUGCUGGAAUUAUUCCAGAAUUUUUACCUGAAAUUUUGGAGAUGUUGGAAUUUUUCCAGAAUUUUAACAGAUAUUUUGGAAUUGUCCCAGAAUUUAACCAGAAAUUUUGGAAAUGUUGGACUUUUUUUUCCAGAAUUUUACCUGUAAUUUUUGGAGAUGUUGGAAUUUUUCCAGAAUUUAAUCAGAAUUUUUUGGAAUUGUUGGAAUUUUUCUGGAAUUUUACCUGAAAUUUUGGAGAUGUUGGAAUUUUUCCAGAAUUUCAACACAUAUUUUGGAAUUUCCCCAGAAUUUAACCAGAAAUUCUUGGAAAUGUUGGAAUUUUUCCAGAAUUUUAACAGAUAUUUUGGAAUUUUCACAGAAUUUAACCAGAAAUUUUUGGAAUUGUUGGAAUUUUUCCAGAAUUUUACCUGAAAUUUUGGAGAUGUUGGAAUUUUUCCAGAAUUUUAGCCGAAAAUCUGGGUGUUUUUCCCAGAAAUGUAGGAAAUGUUGGAAUUUUUCCAGAAUUUUACAAGACAUUUUGGAAAUGGAAGUUUUUCCAGAAUUUUCCACCCCUUUGUAACCGUAAUGGACACCACCAGGAUGAAAUCUCCAGGUUGCCUGUUUACCUCAAAAUAAUUUCAAUUUGUACUGUAGUUUGUUAAAAACAAACCAAAUCGGGUAAUCAUGUCAUGCCCAUUAAUUGUGAUUAAUCGCAUCCAAAUUAAGUUUGUGUUUACAUUUGUGUAUGUACUGUGUAUAUUUAUGUAUAUAUAAAUACACACACAUACAUGUGUAUAUACAUUUAAGAAAUAUAUAUAUAUAUAUAUAUAUAUGUAUAUGUAUGUAUGUGUAUGUAUAUAUGUAUAUUUAAAUAUACACAGUACAUACAUUAUGUAAGCAAACUUUUAUUUUACAUGUGAUUAACUGUGCUUAAUCAAUUUGACAGCACUAAAAUAUAACUGAAGUACAAUUCAAAAUUAUUUUCUGAUUACGUUUAACUAAAAAUAUUACUUAAACAUGCCAUUUAACACACUGACAGUAUCUCAUGUUUCCGGACAGUAUUAUUAAAGUGACCCUUGUGUGUUUCUAAUACCCGUCUUGAGAAUAUAAUGCUGUUAAAGGGAGCCUACAAAGUUAAAUGUGCACUUCUCAGCUCUGUAUCACGUCUGUCAAACGCCACCGUGGCUUUGACGUCAUCUAAACUCAUGCUUCAUGUGUUCUUCUGCUCUUAGAACUGCCGUCUUGUACAUUUGCAGAUUAUAAUGAAUCAUUUUUUUGUUGUUAUUGUUAAUAUACUGUCAAAUGCCUUUUAUUCCACACUAAUGAACUUAUGCUGAUUAAUUCAGGCACACGCUGUAAGUAAUUCCUGUGUUUAACUGUCUGAUCCAGCACGCUGUAGCGCUCGGUUGUAAGGACGCAACCAAAGUAGAUAUGCUCAUGAAACCUGACGUUAUCCUGAGGGUACCUUGCAAGCGUUUUCCAUCGUACGAGUGAGUUCAUCAACAAGAAGUGACUUGAAUAGCAGGUUAAAAGAACGUAUCUGGAAAAACAACAUCUCUGGUGGUUCACAGGGCCUGUGAGGACUGAAUCAUCUGACUACUUAUUAACAAGUCUGAAUUUUGUGCUACAAGUCACACUGAAAUUUAUAACUUGCAUGGGUAGGAAUGUAAACUUUGCCUACUUUUUUUGGUUUUGACUAAUACAUGAACACUUGCAUAGAAAACUCCCUGAUCAUUCCUUGAUUGUCGCAAUUAUUUUCUAGUUUACUUUUUUACGUAACAGUUGGCUUCACCAUAUAACACCUUUUGAUGGUAUAAUGUAUUUUUAUUUGUUAUGAGUACAUCAACUUCAGAAAAAUGUCUUGGAAUGUUUUUAAAAACAAUUGCAUUUUGCAUUAAAUUAUUAUAUAUAUAUAAUAUAAAUAUCAGUAGAGGGGGUUUGGGGGGGAUUUAGGGGGUUCGUAUAGAUAUGAAUACUUAGCCGUUAAAUGUGAUUCAAGUGAAGUGGCCCAGCUAAUCUAAUAAGGUUUUCCCUCUGGCAAGUUGUAGUGCAGAUAUUGCUGGAUUUGGCUUAUCAUUAAAAUAUACUCUCAUUGCUCUUCGUUUGAAGGUACUGUCCGACUCCUUCAUAUGUAUUUUCCGACUGUAUGAUGUAAUAUAAUGUUUUAAGAUGAAUAAAUGAGCUACAAGAAUGACCAAUAAUGUGCGAGCAAUGUUUUUGAGAGGUCCACGUCAAA